AUGGUCACCGAGGAGAUUUCAAUGUGGAGGGCAAUGAUCAGAACUCCUGCUUCAAUUGUUCUGAUUGUCUACACUUCCAUUGCAGUUUGGUUUGUCGGUGGCCUAACAGCUUUCCAUCUUUAUCUGAUCAGCACAAAUCAGACGACCUACGAGAACUUCAGAUAUAGAUACGACCGGCGUGCCAACCCCUACAACAAAGAAGUUGUCAAAAACUUCAAGGAGAUAUUCUGCGGUCCCACGCCUCCCUCGAAGAACGACUUCCGGGCCCUGGUGCUCCAAGGGCCUCCUCUCCCCCCAAGAUCCGUGGCUGCUGGUGGUGGCUUUGUGAGCCCGAACAUGGGCAACGCCGGUGAUGACAUCGAGAUGGGCCGGAAAGCUGUUUGGGGAGAUGUCGGUUCUGUUUUGGACCAGUCGGAGGCCCAAUUGAGUGAUAAUGAUGGGCUCAACAAUAGGAAGGAGAGUGGAUUAGGUGAGAUGUCCCCUGAGAUAAGGACGACAGUGGAUGAGGUGGACCGUGCGGGGGUUCAUCACCCGAGACGGUCGAGCUGGGGAGGAAGAGCGGCAGCUGGGAGAUGUCGCCGGAGGUUCUUGCGCUGUCUUCAAGAAUAG